AUGCGGAAGCGAAAGAGGUGCAACCAGGAACUCGAAAUCAGGCUGGAGAAAGUGGGUGCUGGCUUGCGAGUGAUGGGAUUGCCGAAAGACAUCGAGAAGGGCCUUUGUGAGGAUGACCCAGCCGUCGCACUAGACUGGGACACGGCCAAUUUGCAGGCGAUGGUUGAUGCCAUCAAUGCAGCUGCUGUAGGGGUGGUUCCGCCUCCACCGUGGGUUGCUGGCGCUUAUCCGAUCACUCCCACACAGCUCCAGCAGGCCAUCCUCGCCCGUGUUCAAGCAUUGGCAGGUGGUGGAGGCGUUGUGGGGCGGUUUGUUCUGGCGCCCAACACGAUGCAGCAGUAUGGGAACAUCAAAGCGCAGCUGGGUUAUCUCGGCUUGGACCCACUCUUUACUGCCCACCCAGCACAUGUACCAAUCGCACGAGCCUAUGUGCUUGCAGACAGGAGGAACGCCACAACAGCUGUCGCGGACCCCAUCCCAGCCCCUCCUGCCCCAGCAGUGGCGCUUAUACAGUAG